AUCUGAGUUUGUUUUUCUUCAAUUGUUUAUUAUAUUUAUUGAAUUCAUCAUUUCAUCUUCGAUAAAGAUUGGCUGUGAUAUUUUCUUGUAAUUGUGUUAAAAAUUAUGCUCUUGGAAAUAAUUUAAUGUUAAACAGUGUUUUGUAAACCGAACCGCUAAACCGGUGAUAAUCUUACGUAUCUGUUUGUUUUUUUUUGGUCUCUGGAUUUUACUUCUCUAUCUCUCUUUCUCUCUCUGGCUUUCUCUUUCUAACUCUCUCUCUAUUUUCCCUUUUCUUUGCUUUUUCUCUUUGAAUUUUUCUCAUGUUUUUUUUCCUAGUGAGCUAAACAUUCAUCUACAGUUUCAGUUAAUUAGAUAAAUUUUUGAUUAUGGUAUAUCCCCUGUUUCUCUUGUCAUUUGCUUAAUAUGGUUACCUAUCAGCAAUGUCAAAUGUUGCUUCACGCGGUAUGUCUGGUCAUAAUUGCCGGAAAAAGGUUAGUUUAACCUAUGUGAUUCGUGAUGAGGUUGAAAAGUACCAUCGAUCAGGAAUUAAUUCACUUCAAUUGGAUUCUACAUUAAACCGGUUAUACUCAGCUGGACGUGAUUCUAUUAUAAGAAUAUGGAAUCUUCGGAAUCCAAAAGAGCCUUACAUUCAAUCGAUGGAGCAUCAUACUGAUUGGGUUAACGAUAUUGUUAUCUGUUGCAAUGGUAAGAAUCUCAUUACCGCUUCAAGUGAUACUACAGUUAAGGUUUGGAAUGCACAUAAAGGCUUCUGCAUGUCAACAUUGAGAACCCAUAAGGAUUAUGUUAAAGCUUUAGCUUAUGCGAAAGAUAAGGAACAAGUCGCCUCUGCGGGCCUGGACCGAGCAAUCUUUUUAUGGGAUGCAAAUACAUUGACAGCCUUAACUGCUUCCAAUAAUACUGUUACAACAUCGUCACUCACUGGUAAUAAAGAUUCAAUUUAUAGCCUUGCAAUGAACCCUUCAGGCACUGUAAUUGUUUCUGGCUCAACAGAGAAAGUUAUUCGUGUUUGGGAUCCAAGGAGCUGUCAGAAAUUGAUGAAACUUAAAGGUCAUUCCGAUAAUGUAAGAGCUUUGAUGGUCAAUCGAGAGGGAACACAGUGUCUCUCUGCUUCAAGUGAUGGUACAAUACGUUUGUGGUCAUUAGGCCAGCAAAGAUGUAUAUUAACUGUUCGAGCUCAUGAUGAAGGUGUUUGGGCUCUUCAGGUUAACGAUACGUUUACUCAGUGCUACUCAGGAGGGCGUGAUAAAAAGUUAAUUAUGACUGAUUUGAGGAAUCCAGAAAAUCGUGCUGUGAUAUGUGAAGAAAGUGCACCUAUACUCAAAAUGCUUCUCGUUCCACCAGAUAAUAAUAGUAUUUGGGUAGCCACAACCGACUCGAGUAUCAAAAAUUGGUCUCUUGCUCAUAGUCGAUUAAAAAAUUUUUCUCAUUCCAAUUGGGAGGACUACGAUUCUGAUUUGUCACCGCCACUAAACAAUAAGCCCGAAAUAACUAUCAAAGGUAAUCCCGCACUUCGCCAGUAUCAUGUUCUCAAUGAUAGACGGUUUAUCCUAACCAAAGACACUGACCGUAAUGUAGCUAUAUAUGAUGUGCUCAAAGCUGUUAAAGUUCAAGACCUUGGCAAGGUUGACAUGGAAGAAGAGAUAAAGAAACGUUUUAAAUUGAUUUAUGUGCCAAACUGGUUCAUAGUGGAUCUCAAGUCCGGAAUGUUAUCAAUUCACUUAGAAGAGCCAGAUUGUUUAUCAGCUUGGGUUUCCGCCAAAGAGUUUGGUUUUGCUAGCCCGAAUGACCCAUCCGAUCCGAAAAUUAACCUAGGACAUUUGCUACUUCAAGCAUUGUUUGAACAUUGGCCACCCCAGUUACACAGUUACAAUCGUAGUCAUCACUCUGGGUCUAGUGAAGUUGAUGGCGAUCCAUUAACCAAUGGUGGAGAUGAGGAAAACCUAGAAGAGUCUGGUAGAAGGUCAGAGGAAUCAGGAAAAAUUGUUAUUCAACGACCUUACAAUCAAUACUUCAGUGUACCAACUCACACUCCAAUUAUUUUAAGUGAAGGAAGUAAUCGUACUCUUUUAAGACUUUUAGUUGGGGAUGCUCGCCGUGAAACGGAAGAUAUGUUACUCCAAGAAAAUGUCCCUCUUUGGAUUAGUGAAGCUCUAUUUUUCCAUAAAUUGCCAAAGUUCACGAAAACAUCAUUUUUCCUUUUACCUCACCCAUCCUCAGGUAUCAAAUCAUACCAACGAAAGGACCGUUUAACAGCUAAUGACCUUUUGCAAGUACGAAAAGUUAUUGAACAUGUGUAUGAAAAAGUGUUAGGAGCAGGCAUUGACGGUACAACCAGCAGUGGUACACCUAAUUCAAUAGCAGGAGCUGGCUCUACAGCUGCCUCAGCUGCAGCAGCAGCUUCAGUUGCUGCUGGUUCUAGUUCAACAGGAGGAUUGUCAUCUACCAAUUCAACUGGUCUUAAUAAUAAUAGUCAAGAAAGGUCAUCUGACUCUAGUAUAUGUGGGAACACUGAUAAAGAUGAUGACAAAAUACUGCCAGAGGAAAAGGUUGAAUUGCUUUGCCAAGACCAAGUACUCAAUCCUAACAUGGACCUUCGAUCAGUUCGACAUUUUAUUUGGAAAAGUAGUCAAGAUUUAGAGCUUCAUUUCAGGCCCAUCAAAUGAAGCUUCAAUUUAUUUUCUUGAUGCUCAUCUUAGGUGUUAUCAUCUGGCAUUUUUCUAUCAAUCAACAAAAAACCGACUAAAAGACAAGCAAAGAAACAAUUUAUGCUUUACAGUUUUUCUCUCAGUUUUAUGAAGAUGAAAAAAAACAUAAACGGUCUAAGGCCUUAAUUAUAUAUUUAUAAAUAUAAAUUAUCUCUUUAUAUGGAUUAUAUACAAAGAAAUUUGAAUAGAAACGUGAAAUCAAAUGAGAUAUCAAGUUUCAUGAAUCAGUGUAAUCUGUAACAUUUAUUUAAACUGUUUACAUACACAUACACACCAUAAACUCACGAAAACAAAAAAAAAACAUUCAUUUCACACACACAUCAUCCAAUGGAUUCGCAGUUACUGUUAAGCCGAAGCUUACGUUCAGCUUAUACAGGAUAAAAUAGUUGUUGACGACCAACAUGAUGAUCCCAUGUUUUUGCCAUAGAAAAAAUUCAACAAAUUCUACAUCUUCGACCUUUGUGUAUAAUCACAUUAAUAUGUGUAAACAAUUUUUCACACCAUCAUCUUUUGUUUGAAUAUCACUAGUCUGGAGGUGAAAUGCCUGUUCUAUCAUUUCACCUUUUCUCACCCUGUAAUUUGCUAUUCCUCUACUUCUUUUCUUUUACUUUCUUUUCCCUCCUUUUAUCACUUCCUCUAUUUUCUUCUUCUUCUCAAUCUUGUUUUAUUAUUAGUUAUUAUAAUUAUAUUAUUAAUAACAUUGAUAACAAUGAUAUCAGUCAUCAUUUUGACUCCUAAUUAUGGCUCCAAUUACGACACUCAACACAACUCCAACCUAACCAAAAUCAGUCCGUAAUGAUUCUGGCAUUUUCACCAAGUUAAAACCCAGGGAACAAUUAAACAUCAAAACGUGUGGAGAAAGCUGAUAAAGAGGAAAAUAAUGAUCACUAUUAAAUGAAUGGAUUCACCACCAAAUUACCUGAUGAGUCUAAACCCGAUCACUUUUGGCACUUUAUACAAUCUAAAUGUCAAUUGUAAUCAUAUUAUCUUUUGAUUAUUUUCACCUGUUUUAUUCAAAAUGAUGAUUUCAAGCCGCUGUUUGAUAAUUUACCGGUAAUGACCAUCGGGCUGUUAAAAAGUAUGGUUUUGCAAAUUCCUUAACAAGUAACUAGUUGUUUUUUACUGUUAAUGUUUACAGUAAAUGUUAAUUUCAUGUGUAAGCUAAACCAUUAGACUGUUCAUUCUCAUCGUUAUCAACUUUCAACACCAAGAAAUUUCUACCUCUUGGAAACAAAGACAAAUAAUCAAAGCAAUAUUAAUUAAAAAAAACAUUCACAAUGAGCAAAAACAAAGAUUUUUUUGGAAGAAACGAUAAUUUGGAACUUUAAAGGUUACAAUAGAAUAAUUAAAAUCUUGAAAAACCUUAUAAAAAACAUCAAUAAUGAGUAUGAUAAUAAUGUAAACCAAAUUUUAUUAAAAUAAUAUUUUGCUUACAAACAACUCGGUGGUUUAGUAUUAGUUUAAGGAUAACAAAAUAAAGAUCAAUGUCUUUAAAAGUGUAAAGCAAAUAAAAUAAUUUGAAAAUCAAUA